AUGGAAAAUCUCCUUGACCUAUCAUGGCUAAUGGCUUUGCAACAGCAAAAAUCGAAAUUUUAUGAGCCAUGUGAUCACUGCCAGAGUGCGAGGACGUCAACCUAUUUUUGCAAAGAUUGCAUGAUGGCAUUUGUUUUCUGUGAGAGAUGCAGGAAUUGCUCUAGUGACCACGGAAAUCAUGAUUAUUUUCAAGUGUUCAAACCAUCAUACCGAUUGGGAGUAAAGGUUCAUGACAUGCAAGGGCUGUUUGAUGUAUCUGACAUUAAGAACCACACCCACAAUCGUCAUACUAUUGUUUAUGUUGACGUAAAGGAUCAAUGUGCAUGUCGAAGAGAAGGUGGCUCAGUAACAAGGUACUGUUCGAUCCAGUGCAAGGUUGAUGAUGAAGCAGAUUUGUAUGUCCACAGUGCAUAUGAUCAAUUUGCAGAAGCUGCAGCUGUGAGAGCCAGUCAUAGGAAAGGAACACCUCAUAGAUCUCCUUUUUAUUAG